UUGCUGACGUUUCUUCACCACAAGUAGAAUACUAAUUGUGUCAAGUUUUCCGGCGCCUUCUAGGUAUUGGUCUGCUCUGUGUCGGAUUUUGUGCUUCUAUCAGACAGACAGUUGGCCCUGAGUUUCCACUCUAGCUUCUGCCCCACCAUCGAUGUGAUGUGUGAGCAUUGGGUUCCGCCGGCCUUGGCAGGGCUGAGGUUGACCACCAACGACGCCGAACCACAGCACGAACCAACAUCAAGAGAAUCCCAAGCUCAAUCCAAGAUUAUGGACGCUCCACGACCCAUAUUUCGUCCUCGAUAGCACUAGAUCAUCCCGCUACAAUGGCGCCAUUUGCCCCUCUGGUGUGCGUUGUAGACUUCCAUCAUGCGAGAGGCCCCGAGGUCGAGAGAUGGCUCGGCGCCGACAAGAAUACUGAUCCCGCUGUGGAAAACGAGUGGCCGCUGCUUCCAUUCAUGAGUCUCACCGAUGGCGCCCAUAGCUCGACCGAGGACUAUUCCUACUUCACGCUGCGGCGCGAGGCUACCGCGACCACUCCUGCGACGAGCUUGUUCGGCAUAUCGUGCACACGGCAGUUGGACUCGAAUGCUUUGACAAACCGGCCCGCCGAAGUCACGCGGAGUACUGUGCAGAAGGCGGUAGUGGUGAUAAGUGAUAGUCCCCAGCAUUUUGGUGCUAUCAAGGCGCAGCUGGGCGCGGUUACGGCCGCUUGGUUCGCACAGAGGGACUUUACAGAUAUUGAAAUUCUCCAGAGGUUCCACGAGAGCUUGCCCACCUUGCUCAAGAACCAGGAGGGGGAGAUGGAUCACUACUUUGGGAUAUCUCUGCGCGAGCUGAUACAUGAGUUCAAAUGGCAGACGCUCGUUCUAUUCAAAUGCGCAUUGCUUCAACCAAAGAUGCUCUUCUUCGGCUCGCAUUGCGAGCGUCUAUGCAUGAUGCAAUUUGCACUUAUUUCUCUGAUACCCGGCCUUAUUCGCCACCUUCAAGAUGCUGCUGACCCCAAGUUCAACUCUUAUGAAGAGAAGCUCGUAAUGCCUACCUCGCUCCGCACAUCCGAACGCGCAUCAUUGCUCGCAUACAUGGGCAUGCCACUGCAACUCUUCGGGAGAGGUGCACUGUUUGGACCCUACACCCCUUUGCAGCAGCUGGACAUGCUCGCGGACCACGGAACCAAAUCAUACAUAGUCGGCUCUACCAACUCACUUCUCCUUCAACAGAAGGACCGUUACAGCGACAUCCUGAUCAACCUCGACGAUCACACCCUCAAUAUUAGCUCCACCUCCCUUCGCAAUGCACUAAUACUCUCUACUCCGGAUCGCCGAUGGAUAGAUUUCCUCACCCAGACUGUAUAUGAUACCUGGGAUGAAUCGAACCCGAGCCGACCCAAGGACCAUGGCUAUGCCGGCAGUGAAGAAUUCAUCCGCAUGCAGUUUGAAGAGUACCUCUUGGCUCUGCUCAGCUCCGUCAAAUGCAAGCUCUACCUGGAAAAGAACAAGGACAAGGAGAAUCUUAUUCCAGACGUGGAAGGAGACCCUGCUAGCGACUUCUCAAACGACUGGAUCGAAGCUUGGAUGGCGACGGAGAACUUCCGCAUCUGGAACAAGUUCACCGACUCGCACCUCUUCGAUAUUGUAGACCCCAAGCACCCUUGCUCAGGCGGAUUGACGAUCGAAGACGUCCAACGCCGACUAGCACAGCAAGUAGCGGAAAUGCACCUGGACGAACGGCUCGAGAAGUCGCGCGAGGCGAUUGGCAAGCAGCUCGCUGUUGGGCAGAAGAAGGUCAGCAGCGCGUUUAAUAACCUGUGGGCCGAGAUGGAGGCGAUACGUGAAGCGCAGAGGGCAAGGCGGGAGAGUGGGGAAGGGCAGAGUCCGACAAGCGGGGAGAAGUUGUCGUCGAAGUUCCCCAAAGCACCAGAUUUCUCCCAAGCGCAAGCAAAUCUCCAUGCUGCCAGCACGCGCGCGACAGCCUAUCUCUCCUCCUGGAGCGCCUGGGCCAAUGAAAAGAAGAAAGGUUGGGCUGCAUCGAGAAGUGCCACAACGACGCCUUUAAGUUCCCCACCUCCGACCUCGCCUACACCUUCCGACAUUAAGAGAGCGGAAGAUUUCAAGCAGGAUAGAGAAAUAGAUGGCUUUGUUGCUAUUAGCAAUGCCAGGACCGCACCUGCGGACCUUGAAAGUAACGGAGGGGGUACGGCGCCGCUGAGGGAAUCCGUGUUCUUCGACGCGGAUAAGGAGGAAAAUAAAACGAAGGAAGGUGUCAAGGAGGCGGAGCCAACAUGAUAGAUACAAUAUCUGGGCGAUGCUGUUGUAUCUGGUGAAUCCGUUUGGCGAGGAGUCGGUCAUAUGAUGGAUUUGUCAAACUAUGAGUGGUAGCAUAGCCGUGGGUGAGCCUGCAUCUUGAGCUGGACUCGGACUGCGUAGCAUAUGCGCAGGAAUGGAUUCACUGGGAGGAAACCUUGUUGCUGCUCGUUCAUCAUGAGACAUUCCACAGUAUCGCCAGAUGUGUAAUGAACUGUAAUUAACAAGACUUGGGAUGACUUCAAAACAACUCGAGAGAAAUGCACGUUUCCCGU